GCAAAUCUCUAUUCGCAGAAGCUCUGGGAGCGCUUUGAUUCCGGUUAAAUACUAAAACUCUUUACAUAAAUACCGGAUACAUCUGUAUGACGUUUAGCUGCUGUUCAAACGGUAACUACAGCUCUGAGUGAAACAUGUGCGGAAGAACUGCCUGUACACUGGCCCCUGAUGAGGUAAGCCGAGCCUGCACGUACAGGAACAGAGGAGGACAGAGGAGGCAGCCUCGCUGGAAGGAUGGAGAUGCUGACAAAUACCGGCCGUCCUACAACAAGAGUCCCCAGUCCAACAGUCCUGUGCUCCUGUCCCAAAGGCAUUUCGAUCAGAGUGCUCCAGUAGACGAGUGCGUGUUGGCCUCAAUGCAAUGGGGCCUCGUACCAAAUUGGUUCAAAGAAAAUGACCCAAAGAAAAUGCAGUACAGCACCAACAACUGCCGCAGUGAAACUAUAUUAGAGAAAAAAACAUAUAAGGAUCCUCUGUUAAAGGGACAGCGCUGUGUUAUACUUGCUGACGGAUUUUAUGAGUGGAGGCGACAAGGAAAAGACAAGCAGCCUUUUUUCAUCUACUUCCCUCAGAGUACAGGGGUUGGAGCAAAGCAAGAAACUGAGGAUGAAAGUCAGUCUUCAGCCUCAAAUGACCAGGAAAGGUCAAAGGAGACAAUGUCAAAUAAAUUUAAGGACACUGAAACAGAAGCUGAGUGGACAGGCUGGCGGUUAUUGACUAUGGCUGGUCUUUUUGACUGCUGGACAUCCCCAGGAGGUGGUGAACGUCUUUACACUUACACUGUGAUCACAGUGAAUGCUUCAUCCAAUCUAGAAGGCAUUCAUGACAGAAUGCCAGCUAUCCUUGAUGGAGAGGAAGAAGUGAGAAAAUGGCUUGAUUUUGGAGAGAUAAAAUCCUUGGAUGCACUUAAACUGCUACAAUCUAAAAAUAUUUUGACUUAUCACCCUGUGUCCUCACUAGUCAAUAACUCUCGCAAUAACACAGCAGAGUGCCUUCAGCCCGUGUGUCUUGACAGGAAAAAGGAGCCUGUGCCGACAGCCAGCAGCAAGAUGAUGAUGAGUUGGCUGAAGGGUGGAUCUCCACAAAAAAGAAAAGACAUAGUUGAAACUGGAAAGGAACAAAUCAAAGACAAAUCAGAGACAGAGGCCAAGAGAGCAGGACUAAUUGAUCAAUGGCUUCAUGGGACAAGCAAGAAACCAAAAGUACAGUAAAAUGCAGUUGAAGUUCAGUUUCGUACAUUUUUUAUUUUUAUUUCUUAAUAAAUAAGAACAAAAAACCCAUCCUUUUUAAAGACUUUUAUUACCCUCGUCACUUGAAACGCAGACAUUUCAUACAAGUAGAUGCUAUGCAUUUAUCAUAUUAAUAGUAUAAUGAUCAAUGCCAGUACUUUCCCCCAUUUUUUUUAUUUUACAGUAUGGUAUCUAUAAUGAAUUUUCAACAUAAUACAAACAUACAGUGAAAGAAAAGUCAAGCACUUACAUUGCCAACACAAGCAUAUGGCAGAGACAGAUAUGGAGACAUUGUUUGCUUCUCUAAAAAUGAUUGAGCGGUCUCCAAAGAGUUUCAGAGUAAAGUAACUACUAGUUAAAAUAGUGCUAACUUCAUUUUCUUCUCCCAAGAUAAGUAGAACGACAUGCUCUUUUGGAUUUGAAUGAUGUACGAACACUUUUUCUGGGAGAUGUUGGAGUCACACAAAACACUCAACCUGAGCUACAUGUUUUGUGACUUAAGAUGCCCGAACAUUUCUUUUACUAUUGUAGUUGAGCACCAAGUGCAAAAAAGUGACUGUGAGAUUUAAAUGGCAAAUCUGAUCUACAAAUGUAUUAGUUAGCAGGUGGCAGAUAAAUGCACCUUCAGCCCAAAUCUGUAGUUUCCCUGUAUCUUAAGUAUUGGUUUAUUUAAAAAGGAGGUGAGGUAUGGUAACAAGUGUACAUAGUGAAACAAGUUUAAGCCACAACACAAAUGAGUAUAAUGAGGGCUGCAGUGUUUCCUCCAUUCAUCCAGCAGUGAUGGGCUUGAGGCCAUGAACUCAACCACCACUACAAAAGAAAUAUUUUU